AUGGCCUCCUCUUACUCCCCAACAGCUAUCAUCAUUGGCGCAGGCCCUGGGGGGAUUUCAAUGGCAUAUCGGCUGAAGCAUGAGUUGGGAUUUAAUGACUUCCUAGUAUACGAAAAGUUAGAUGGUGUUGGAGGUACCUGGCGAUCAAAUACUUAUCCUGGAUGCGGCUGCGACCUGCCCUCUCAUCUUUACUCUUUCAGUUUCAAUCUCAACCCGAAUUGGUCUAAAGAACUAUGUGAACAGCCUGAAAUCUUACAGUAUAUUGAGGACACAGUUGAAAAGUUCAGCUUGCGGGAACAUAUCAUCACGUCAGUGGAGUGCUUGGGCGCCAUUUGGGAUGAUGACCAAGAGGAAUGGACAGUCCGUUUCCGCGAUGGACAAACAGGCGUCAAUUUCGAGCGUCGCGCAACCGUGUUCAUAUCCGCAGUUGGAGCAAUCUCUCUUCCUCGUGAUGUGAAGUUUAAAGGGAUGGAAGUUUUCAAAGGCGAGAUUUUCCAUACCGCUCAAUGGAAUCAUUCAGUUGACUACACUGGGAAGCGAGUGGCAGUGAUUGGGAACGGCUGUAGUGCUGCGCAGGUAGUGCCCGCGAUUGCAGAGAAGGCAGCUUUCGUGCAACAAUACGCUCGUAGUGCACAAUGGUAUCAUGCUAGGCCAAACAAAACUUUCUCGCCACUUGAACAAUGGGCGUUCCGCUGGGUGCCUCUCUGGCAACGAUGGCUUCGACUACGAAUCUUUCUUCAGGCUGAACAGGAAUCAUACACCUACUUUUCCUCGGCAGACGGUAUAAAGGCUAGGCUGGCCGCCGAGGAAGAGUCGCGAGAAUAUAUUCUCUCCCGCACUACACAGCAAUACCAAAAGGCUGUGAUACCGGAUUUCCCUUUAGGCUGCAAGAGACGCAUCUUUGACCCGGGUUACCUCGACUCUCUUCAUCGGACCAACGUGAAGCUUCGUAGUGAAGGGAUCCAAGAAUUCACUGAAACCGGGACCAUUGGAUCUUCCGGCGUUGAAGACAGAUUCGACAUUAUCGCCCUUGCGACCGGCUUCCAGGUCUCUCAAUUCCUAGCGCCCAUGGAAAUUUAUGGCCGGCAUGGCGUCUCCCUGAACAAACAGUGGAAUGAGUCCAAGGGCGCGCAAGCGUACUAUGGUACUUUUGUGCAUAAUUUCCCGAACAUGGGCAUCAUAUUUGGUCCCAACAGCUUUCCGGCAAACAAUUCCGCAUUGUUUGCCUGUGAAACCCAAGUGUGCUUUGCGGUGAAAGCCCUCUUUGAGCCAAUUCUGGAUCGCAGGACUAAAGUGGUAGAGGUAAAACAUGCCGCAGAAGAGAGGCAUACUACUUCCAUUCAAGAGCAGUUAAAGGGCACUGUUUUUGCCGGCGAUUGCUCAAAUUGGUACUUCAACAACUACGGUCGAAACACCGCUUCCUGGCCAGCUAAGGCAGCUUUCUUUUGGCUGGAGACGUAUUUCCCAAACUGGAAUGCAUUCAUUUGGAAGAAUGGCUCAGCUGCAUGGCCUAUCCAUCGCAUUGCAAGAUGGCUAAAAACGGGCUCGUGGCUCACCAAGGCAUGUCUUGUGAUGGCAGUCACUGUGGUGUCCCACCAAAGCAAGGUGGAUGGCAGUCUGGGACUUACUGUAGCCGGGAUGUUCACAAAUUUACAUGGUUGCUUACAAAUACAGUUUCCUUCAUUGUGGGCCAUGUAG